CUCCGUUUCCUCCUCCCCCUCCCUCCCAGUCCCAGUCCAACUACUCACCCAGGUCUCCCCUGUCGCCGUCGCGCGCGCCGCGCCGCGGGGAGGUUAAUUUCGUCGAACACCUGCCCUCGCCAUGUCCGGCACCGGGUGCUUCCCCGACGGCGGUCCCGCGGGCUCCCGGGCCUGCCGGGACGGCGCGGCGGCGGCGCGGCUCAAGACGGGGUCCCUGCUGGCCAUCCUCGUCGCCAGCGCCGUCGGCAUCUGCCUCCCCGUCGCGCUCACGCGGGCGUUCCGCGGCGGGCCCAACUACGCGCGGGGGCUCCUGCUCGUCAAGUGCUACGCGGCCGGGGUCAUCCUCUCCACCUCGCUCGUCCACGUGCUCCCCGACGCGCAGGCGGCGCUCGCCGACUGCGCCGUCGCCACGCGCAGGCCCUGGCGGGACUUCCCCUUCGCGGGGCUAUUCACCCUCGUCGGCGCCCUGCUCGCGCUCCUCGUCGACCUCUCCGCCUCGUCCCACCUUGAGGCCCACGGCCACGGAGGCGGCGGCGGCGAUGGACACGGCCACGGCCACCAGGAGACGACCUACGCACCAAUCCCCAAGAAGGCUCCCGUCUUUGAACUCACCGGCGAAAUGAGCCCCAAGAAGCGCGCCUUCCUGGAUGACGACCAAGGGGACCCCGCGCCGCACGUUUUUAGGAACGGCGCCGACACGGACAGGGAUGACGUGGCGCUCUUCGGGGCCAAGAAGGGCGCCGCCUUGGUGCGCAGCGACGAGGUCGCGGUCGUCGGCGGCGGGUGCCAUGGCGGUGGGCAUGAGGUGUUGGAGGUGGUGGGGGAGGGGGCGGGGGAGGAGGAGGAGGCCAGGAGGAAGCAGAAGAUGGUGUCCAAGGUGCUGGAGAUCGGGAUAGUGUUCCACUCCGUCAUCAUCGGGGUCACCAUGGGGAUGUCCCAGGAUGUCUGCGCAAUCCGGCCGCUCGUGGUUGCGCUCUCCUUCCACCAGGUGUUCGAGGGGAUGGGCCUCGGUGGAUGCAUCGCGCAGGCUGGUUUUGGGAUGGCAACAGUCGGUUAUAUGUGCAUAAUGUUCUCGGUGACUACACCAUUGGGAAUUCUUCUUGGAAUGUUAAUCUUCCAUAUGACUGGUUAUGAUGAUAGCAAUCCAAAUGCCUUAAUAAUGGAAGGGAUUCUUGGUUCACUUUCUGCCGGAGUCCUUAUUUAUAUGGCGCUUGUGGAUCUCAUUUCUCUUGAUUUUUUCCAUAACAAGAUGAUGUCAGCAUCCAAUAAACUGAAGAAGGCAUGUUACAUUGCAUUGGUGCUUGGAUCUGCUUCUAUGUCAAUAUUAGCUCUCUGGGCAUAGGUCAUAGUCAAUUUGCAGAAUAACGAUAUGUACAAUCUUCAGAGAAAUAUGAUGUAUUGCUCCUGAGCUCCUCUGAUAUCUUGUGUAGGCAGGAAUGGUUACUCUGGGGGCCAACACUCCCCUCAUGUAAAUUUUAACGCAAUAGGAACUGGAAAUUCACGAGAGCUGGUUGUGAAUCGGUUGUGAAUUGUGCGUACUGAAUACUGCAAGUGUAGUAGGAACAUGUUUCGAGCGAUGAGGUUAGCCGUGCUGCUUGUACUGUGGUCAGAUCUGGAAGUCAUAAUAGGAAGGAAUGCUUAUCAAUGCAGGCUGAUAACUAAGCGUUUGCGAAGGAGGCAUUUGGUAAUUUG